AUCGUGACGAGUGUAAACAAAACACACGAGGUCGCGUGCGUGCUGGUGAAAAACUGUCUGGUUUUCGUGAGAAUUUUGUCCAUAAUUCGAUUGUUAGUGCUAUUUUGCUCUUUUAUAAAAGGAACAUUAAAGUCCGGGAUCGAUGGGAAAGCUAGACGUAACGGUACUUCGGUACCUGAGUAAGGAGGACUUCCGAAUACUCACAGCGAUCGAAAUGGGUAUGAAAAACCACGAGUUGGUCCCCGGAGCGCUUGUGGCCUCGAUUGCCAGUCUCAAGACUGGUGGGGUGCACAAAUUGAUGCGGGAGCUUUGCAAACACAAACUGCUCACCUACGAACGAGGAAAGAGAUUCGAUGGAUACCGUUUGACCAACAUGGGCUAUGACUAUCUGGCUUUGAAAUCGCUGACGUUGAGGGGCUCAGUAUCCGGAUUCGGCAGUCAAAUUGGUGUAGGAAAAGAGUCCAACAUUUACACGGUUGUUGACGAACAGGACAAUCCGUUGUGUCUUAAGUUGCACCGUUUGGGAAGGAUUUGCUUCCGGAACAUUCGUGAAAAGCGGGACUAUCACGGCAAACGGCACAAGAUGAGUUGGCUUUACUUGUCUCGGGUAUCGGCUACGAGAGAAUUUGCCUAUAUGAAGGCUCUGUAUGACCGAGGAUUUCCGGUUCCUAAACCUAUCGACUUCAAUCGUCACUGUGUGUUGAUGGAACUGGUCGAUGGUUAUCCGUUGACGAACAUUUGUGAGGUGGGCGAUGUGGAUGCAUUGUACGAUGAUUUGAUGAACCUAAUCGUUCGCUUGGGAAAUUGUGGGGUCAUUCAUGGUGAUUUUAACGAGUUCAACAUCAUGAUAACGGAACUAGACCAGAAACCCAUUCUCAUCGAUUUUCCACAAAUGUUGUCCACCUCACAUCCGAACGCCGAAAUGUACUUCGAUAGGGAUGUCCAGGGUGUGCGGGAACUGUUUAGGAAGAAGUUUGGCUACGAAAGCGAGGACUAUCCCAAAUUUAGCGAUCUGGAACGGGACGACGAACUGGAUAAGGAGGUGCUAUGUUCCGGUUAUGGUUUCACCAAGGAAAUGGAGGAAGAUAUCCUGAACGAGUAUCACCAAACGAACGACGACGACGGAGAAGAGAGCGCCGGAGAGCAGGAAGGCGCGAGUGAUGAAGAAUAUCAGGAUAGCGUCAAUGGAGAAAUGGACGAGGAUGAGAUCGAGGAGUGCCGCAAAAUGCUGGAAAAGGAAAUCAAGUUCUCCGAAGAAAAACCAACAUCGACAGCAGAGCCUAAAACAAAACAGGAAGGAGCAAAUUCUAGCAUCCUGAAAUACAUCGCUUCUAUGAACGACGAGGAAAUGGAAAAACCGUACAGCGAUGAUGAAGAAGCGGAACUUUUCCGGGAUGCUAUGGAGAAUGUAGCUGAUAUUCCGCUACAGACAGGAAACAAUUCAGAACCUUCGGAAAUUGAAACGUCAUCAGAUGUACAAACAACCUGUUCCAUAUCCAAGCCAGCAAAAGAUGACGACGAUGCUCGAUCGAUAAGUUCCAAUGAGCUGGUCACCAGCGAACAGGAUGAUCGACUUGCCGAGCUAGAUCCCAACUCACGGGAGUAUCGUAUGAUCAUGGUGCGCAAGCUGCUGGACGAUGCUCGCAGCGCUAGAUCCUAUUCCACCAAUGCUAGUACGAUUGCACCGUCAGUAGUGUCCGAUCGCAUACGUGGCGGUAUGCGACAGCAGGAGAAAAAAGAUCAAAAGAAACGCGCCGUCCCGAAGGGUGAAGCCAGUGCUGUGAGACGCAUGCGCAAGGACAACAACAGCAUCGUCAAAGAGUACAGAGGUUGGGAUUUCUAGGAUAUUGGGUGAGUACGUACCUAUAUUUUUUUUAGUUUUACGAAUUUUCGAUUUAUUUUUCAUCGUACAAUAUACAACAUU